UCAUCGUCGUCCAAGUGAUGUCAUGUAGAUUUUUUUUACAGUUCCGCCCUUGUCCUAGGAUGAGAACAGUUGUGUAUUUGAUGAAUUAAGUGAACUGUGUUCACAUCUGCAUUUCGUUGUUUAUUCAACAUCAGAGAUAUGGCGUAGUGAAUGCUGGUUUCAACAACAACACAAUAUGACGAAACUGGAAGUGACCAACUCAGAUUAGUAAGAAGUCGAGAAUGAGUUAGAAACACUUUAUGUUUAUAAAUAAAGAAACAUUUAGGUAUUCAAUUUGUAUGUAUUGUUACCAAUGCUUCAUUAGCACAUUGUGAUAAGAUUGAGACUCUCAGGUGAUAUCUACAAACAUCGCGUCAUUGUGUUCUCUGAAGAGUGCGAAUCUACCAGUUUCAGUGUGCGAUCAGAGUGGACUAGCGAGCAUUAGCAGAAUGAGUGGUUCCAGAACUAAGAUAUUGCAGAAGCUGCGCAGUCAUAGCAGCGACGUCACGUCUGUUGACUUUUUCGGCAAUUCGCUGCUUGCUACAGGGUCAAGCGACAAAACGGUUCGCGUCUGGCGUUGGGUGGCAGGUAAUGGAUUUUGCGAGGAACCGUUCUCACCGCUCCUGGGCCACAAGUACGGAGUGACGAGCGUACGCGUUUCACCCAAGGGUGCGGUACUGGCCUCAGCCUCGGUGGAUGGCACCGUGAUGCUGUGGAAUCUGGCCACUGGCGAAGAAACGAAUGUGCUCACGCAAGAAGCCGGUGAGGCAAUCCGUGCGUGUAUCUUCAGCCCGAAUGGAGCCUCGAUCGUCAGUUCGGACGAUAGUGGCUGCAUCUGCGUUUGGGGUCAGGAUAAAAGUUUGAAAAGACACAUGAAGAUUCAUGAUGAGGCAAUUCACACCAUGGCUUUCUCCAGCGAUUCGAGUAUCCUGCUAACCGCCUGCACGCUCGGGAACAUUCGAUUUUACGCCGUGGAGGAUGAUUUCGAGGCCGACAUUACGAAACCGGACUGCUCAAUCGAUGCUGCCCAUGACAUGGGAGUUCUAUCUGCAGACUUCUGUAAAGUCGUACAUACCGACCCCGCCGACAACUUUUCGAUCAUCUAUACGGUGGCAACCUGCGGCACGGACCAUUUCAUCAAAAUCUGGCGCAUCUUCUACAUUCCUGCCAACGUGGACCGCAGUCGGAAAUCUCGCCUGAUUCCCGCCACGCCGCAGGAGCACUUUGCUGGCCAGUCGACAAUCUACAGCACCGCGGUGAUGAACGCCAGCUGCGUGCAAACGAUUGCAGCCCACGGCAGUUCGGUGACAUGUGUGAGGUUUAACAGCACCGGUACGCUGUUGAUAUCAAGCAGCCUCGAUAAGACCAUUAAGAUUUGGAACCAACAGGGAACGUGCAUCAAGACACUGUCGGAGCACUCGCGCUAUGUCAACUGUUUGGCCAUCAACGGUGACUCGACGGUUAUUGCGUCGGGUUCGAACGAUCGCUCCGUUAUCAUCUGGGAUUUGACGAACAAUCUGACGAUCGAUUCGCACAUCACUGGCAUCCGAUCGCUGCUGUUCAAGCUGGCAUCGAAGACCACGGACAUCCCGCUGGAGUUCAUAUGCCCGAUUACGCACGAGAUCAUGCGGGAACCGGUCUACGCAGAAGACGGUUUCACGUACGAGCGAUCGGCGAUCGAGGAGUGGUUUGGCCGCGAGAAGAUCGUAUCCCCGAUGACCAACGUGGAGCUGUCGACCGACGAGUUGGUGGAAAACGGUAAACUCAAGCAGAAGAUCGACGAGUACAUCAAGACACUCGAUCUGGACAGCUUUGAAUAAGAGGGUAGGCGACUACGACUACGAAGCCUUUUGUGGGCCGUAUCUUUCAUGGGACUGAUCAUUCUGGAUUUUUGUUCAUGUUGCGAUAUUAACUAAUAUUUUUAUAUGUAAAUGUUGUUACCAACUUCAGAACUGUAGGAUUUUUCUAUUCUUGUGAUAAUCUAGCGAAUCAACAAAUUUCACAGAUCCACUGGUCGUACUUUUUUUUAACGUAGAUCAACGCAAUCAGUAGCGAAGAAGCUUUAGGUGUUAAUCAUACGUAUAUAACCGACGAUCGUACAGUGAAAUAUGGGGAUCGAGAGGAUGGGGAGUAGUAACUGGUCUGUAACCGUUUUGUUCAACUCAUUUAGACGUUUUUUGUGUGUGCCCAAUCCGUACAUGGAUGAUGGUGAUGAUAGUCAGCCCCGUCGAAAACGGCUUCGUCAACGCGAAUAACGUAUACCUAAGCGGGUCGUAAGGGUGAUCGUGGAGAGUGAUGGUAGAAUGCUAAUUGAACGAUUCGUUUUUCCCCUGAUUGAGGUACAUCUUUAUGAUUAUUAGGGCGUGCUGGCGUAUGCUGUACACUGGUGGGUAAAAUAUUAUUCGAGGAGAUUGACCUAUGAUUUAUAUUCGAAUACUUACAAUAUAGUGUGGUUCAUACACGACUGUUAUUAUUGUAAUUAUUUAUCGUGGCUUUUCGCCCUUGGUGAGUUCGCCACACACUACACACGACUUUGUUAACGGAAAUAGUAAUACCUUUCCAGCAAACAACCUUUAAUAUAGCUUUGUAUUUAUCUACAUGGUAUUUUACAUUUCACUUGUUAUAGUUUUGUUUGAAUCAAUUAGCUUCCAAAUUAGAAAUUUUGUUGUAGGAAGAAGUUGUUCGCACAUAUCUAUAGACGAAGCUUGUUAUAGCGGCAUUGUAAGGGACCGUCGGUAUAUGGAGAUGCCGCUAAAAAAAUGUGUCGUUAGAAAGAACUUCGAUAUUGUUAUAAAGAACAAAGGUAAAAAAUUCAAUAUUUUUGAGAACUUUUUUAACAUUUUAUUUCAUUCAGAAUAAGGUUCAGUUGACUCUUCAUAUCUCUACAUUUUAGGGACUAUCGAUAUACGGGGAGAUCAGGACAAAAACAUAUUGUUUUCUAAUAAAUGCUUGAUUGGAAAACUAAA